AUGGCGAAACAUUUGUUGCCACCUCUUCCAGGGACACAAUAUAAUAUGUUAGUCAGUCACGUACCAUUCAAUAAAACAGCUAUUGACAGAGUAAUUCGAAACGCCACCUUCAUAACAAUACUACGUCAUCCCGUGGCUAAUUACGAGUCAAUUUUCGGUUUCAUGAAAAUUGCUAAUUAUCUCAAUAUUGAGCAGAACACCAGUCAAGAUCCAUUUCACAUGUUUUUGUCAAACACAGCGAUCUAUUCUAAGCGCAUUAACGAUUCUUACCACAAGACAUUACUAAAAAAUAGACAAAUAUUUGAUGUUGGACUUGACCUGAAAAAUCAUAACAAUGAAACACUUGUGGAUAACGUAAUUCAGAAAGCUUCAGAAGAGUUUGAUUUAGUGUUGAUUGCUGAUUAUUUUGACGAAUCACUUGUUUUGUUGAAGAAACUCCUGUGUUGGGACUUUGAAGAUAUUUUGUAUUUGCAACAAAACAAAAGAAACAACAAACUACGUUUUGACAUCGAUAACUGGAAACGUCAGCGAAUAUUGGAAAUAAAUAAGGCAGAUUACAAACUAUACCAACACUUCAAUAAACCAUUCUGGCGUAAGGUAGAGGCAUACGGUGAUAACUUUCAUAAAGACUUGGCUACAUUUCGAGAUAUGUUACAGAAGAUGCGAUCUGAGUGUGUAGACGAAGAUAGAUUUAUAAUCGAUUACGAAGAACGUAGGAACGCCACGACACUGAAAAAUAACGCAGCCGCUUAUUGCAAUGACCUCAACAAUAAUGGAUUUAAUAUUCCAGCUUCCAAACAAAAUUCUACAAGUUUUCAUGCCAUUAAGUAA